UGUCACUGGAGAAAUAUGGCUAACAAUGAUUCUCUUGAGCAGAACCAAAAUCCUUGCUCAGCCAUCAACAACAGCAUCCCUUUGAUACAGGGCAAGCUCCCCUCUCUAACCUUAUCUGGAAAGGUCCGAGUAACAGUGACGUUCUUCCUUUUCCUCCUUUCUACCGCCUUUAAUGCAUCUUUCUUGUUGAAGCUGCAGAAGUGGACUCAGAAGAGGGAGAAAGGGAAAAAGCUCUCCAGAAUGAAGGUGCUCUUAAAGCAUUUGACCUUAGCCAACCUGCUGGAGACUCUGAUUGUCAUGCCAUUGGAUGGCAUGUGGAACAUCACAGUACAGUGGUAUGCUGGGGAGUUCCUCUGCAAAGUUCUCAGCUACCUGAAGCUCUUCUCUAUGUAUGCCCCAGCCUUCAUGAUGGCAGUGAUUAGCCUGGACCGCUCCCUGGCCAUCACUCGGCCCUUUGCUGUACAAAGCAACAGCAAGCUUGAACAGUCCAUGAUCGGCCUAGCCUGGAUACUCAGUAUUGUGUUUGCAGGACCACAGUUAUAUAUCUUCAGGAUGAUCUACCUAGAAGAUGGCUCUGGGCAAGCAGAAGUUUUCUCUCAAUGUGUGACACACUGCAGUUUUCCGCAAUGGUGGCACCAAGCGUUUUACAACUUCUUCACCUUCAGCUGCCUCUUCAUUUUCCCCCUUCUCAUCACGCUGAUCUGCAACACCAAAAUCAUCUUCACCCUCACACGGGUCCUUCAUCGGAAUCCACGCAAACUACAGCUGAAUCAAUCCAAGAAUAACAUCCCAAGAGCUCGACUGAGAACUCUAAAGAUGACAGUCGCCUUUGCCACCUCGUUUAUUGUCUGCUGGACUCCCUACUAUGUCCUAGGAAUCUGGUACUGGUUUGAUCCAGAAAUGUUAAACAGAGUUUCGGAGCCUGUUAAUCACUUCUUCUUUCUCUUUGCUUUUCUAAACCCAUGCUUUGACCCACUUAUAUAUGGAUAUUUCUCUUUGUAAUGGGGAGACUGCACAAGAAUGAAUAUAGAAGCAAAGUAACUAAUUUCACCAGCUCAGAGUAAGCUCAUAGCUUGCCACACACCUAUAUACAAGCAAGGCAGGGUUUAAGCUUAGGUUAUCAACCUGGUUCCUGUACACAGUUUCUUGUCAGAGCCUCAAACAAAAGGAAAAGACCUUCAAAAAAUACUGAAAUGUGUCCUUAAUCAUGAGCUUCUAAACUGACCUCUGCCUUGUCUGAAGUUUUAUCACAUACGAUUUGUGUUUUUCACUUCCUCCUUAAAUAAUCAUCUAUAAAUAUUUAAAAUAACUACAUCCUAAGGUUAAAAGAUACCAAAACGUAAGGUUAGGAACCCAGAACAUAUUCAUAACAUCAGCAUAGUUCGGGGAGUUUUUUUCCUUAAAGGGGCUCAGCAGCAAUAGCAGACCGAUGCUAUCAGAACACCUACGGCACACAGAGACAGUAGAAUCACAUCCAUACGUCAGCAGUAAUAGCAGGCUGAUGCUAUCACAACACCUGGAGCACACACACACACACUAGAAUCACGUCCACACACCAGCAGCAAUAGCAGACCGAUGCUAUCACAACACCUGGAGCACAGAGAUAGUAGAAUCACUGUCCAUCUGUCAGCAGCAGGAACAGACUGAUGCUAUCACAGCACGUAUGGCAUGGAGACAGUAGAAUCACUGUCCAUAGGUCAAUUUUUGACUCCCAUGAUUAAAAGACCCGAUUCUCUUUGGCUUGAAACACAUUUCUAUUCUUAUUCAGCAACCAAUUCCACCAUCCUGGCAAAAUUAUUUAUAUGAUACAGAUUAAUUCCAUUCACAUGCUGCAGAUUAGACAUACCACUACACAACAAGGUCUUUAAAGGGGAUAGAUUCUUUCAUGGGCUAUUAGAAUAUUCUAUAGACUAUACAACAUAUGGGGUUUAUGUUAACUGACUGCCAUGAAUCCUGAUUUAGUACAAUUAACAAAAUGCAUAUACUAAUUACCUUGUAAACAUAACAUACAAUCCAUUUUUAAUAAUGUGGUGAGAUUUUUGUCUAUCUCCUUAUCCUACUGAAUCAUUUCCCACAAAUAAAUGAGGAAAGCCAAUGAAAGAAAGACAUCAAGGAAAUAUACAAACAAAAAGAGGAGGUUUGAUAAAUAAAAGGAACUCAAGGUAGGAAACCAUACGAUUUCCCCCUAUACACAUCAAGGACAACAGCAGAGAAUAUUAGAGGGAAAAGGGAAAAAUAAAACUGUAAGUGUGAAACCAAUGCCUACUGCUAAAAAAAAAAAAAAAAUACAGUUCCCAUUUAUGUCUGCAGAGUAUCGCGCGUUUCAUUCAGCUCAGGCCAGGCCCACCAUUUUCAUAAAAAAUGGGAGGAGGUGAAAAUAAAAGUGGUAUACUACCCACUUGGUGGGAAAGUGUGAGAACUCAAAGUCACCAAUUGUCUAAUAGAUAUCGAUGUGAACCGUGUAAUGCUGCACAAGGCUGUGUGCGGUUACAGAAAGCAAACUACUGACCCAUGGCAAACCCCUUCUUCCCUUCCCUUUCUUAUUUUAUGUUUGGGGUUUUACAGGACUGUAGGAUAUUUUUUCAGAUCCCACUUUAUUUAUCCAAUAUUCUCUCUCUUUUUUAUCUUCUGUGUUAAUCACACUUUCUAUUAAAAAAAAUAACUGGUAGAAAUCACUGAUAGAGUUCUAUAGUUCAACUGCGUGGAACUCAAAGUUUUCCAUGUGCUGAAAGAAAUGCUCAAAGUUUACAUGUGUACUCAUACCAAGACUGUGUAGAUGACACAGGACUUAGCUCAGUCACAACAAUACCAAUGUACCCCAAGUAUCUUCAUAACAUACUUACUCCUAAAAUGAUGAUAAAUCUUACUUCUGGAUUUAAAGCAAAAAUGAUAGAUAUGGCCGGGCGGUGGUGGCGCACGCCUUUAAUCCCAGCACUCGGGAGGCAGAGCCAGGUGGAUCUCUGUGAGUUCGAGGCCAGCCUGGUCUCCAAAGCGAGUUCCA